AUGUUCGCCCCUUCGCCUGCCGUUCGCCCUUUCGCCGGCGCCGUCGCUCGUUGCGCCGCAACUGCCCCUUCUGACGCCAGUGAGCGCGCGUCCGGGAAGAAGCGUCCUCGUGUCGGCGUCGCGCCGGCACGAGACUCGUCGGCUUGCCUCACCAAGAUGAUCCGUAACCGCAACAGCGUCGUGACCGCCGCCGGCAUGGAGGUCUUAACCGUCGGCGGCAAGAUGUCAUCCCAGGAUCUCCUACGGAAGCGCCUGGCGUCUGAGCUUGAUGCCUUGCGCGGUCUCCUAAAGAAAGCAGAGCUUAUAUCCCAGCGUGGUGCAGGCAAGGGUGGCGCACCGACUGCCGGCAAGAAAGAUUGA